GAAACACGCGCAAAGCGCUGCGGUAUCUCCCGGGCUGAGAGGGAGUGUUGAGGUGGUUUUAGGGGAGGGGGAGCGGCAGCGGCACCAACAGCACUAGCAGCAGCGCGUGUGCACCGGGUCCCACCAGCCACACACAGCUGCCGCUCCACCACCACACACACUUUCCCCUCCGGACGCUCACACUGCGCUUUUACGCGCGGCUCGCCACGGCACUGCGCUCAGCGUGAUGGGAGGGACAGCGCGAGCAUGAGACGGACUCUGGCCACCCUCGUUUACGCCUUCAGCCUCAUUCAGAGUAGCUUCUGUGCAGACUCUGAAGAGCGGCUGAUGAACUGGCUCCUGGGAAAGGAUCGUUAUAAUAAGCUGAUCCGGCCGGCUCUCAACAGGACGGAGAGAGUUACGGUGAAGCUGCAGGUCUCUCUGGCACAGCUUAUCAGCGUGAAUGAACGGGAGCAAAUCAUGACGACCAAUGUGUGGCUCAAGCAGAACUGGAAUGAUUACAGACUGUCGUGGGAUCCGUCAGACUAUGAGGGCAUCGACAAGCUCAGAAUUCCUUCCAGACAUAUCUGGCUACCUGAUAUUGUUCUAUAUAAUAAUGCUGAUGGCACUUAUGAGGUGACAGUCUUCACCAAUGCUAUUGUCCUGUUUAAUGGUAGCAUUGCUUGGCUCCCUCCUGCUAUCUACAAGAGUGCCUGCAAAAUUGAGGUCAAGCACUUCCCUUUUGACCAGCAGAACUGCACACUGAAGUUCCGUUCCUGGACUUAUGACCACACAGAGAUAGACCUGGUCUUACUGUCUGAGAUGGCCAUUAUGGAUGACUUCACUCCUAGUGGAGAGUGGGACAUCCUGUCUCUUCCAGGGAGAAGGACAGUCAACCCUCAGGAUCCAACCUAUGUGGAUCUGACAUACGACUUCAUCAUCAAACGAAAGCCGCUUUUCUACACCAUCAACCUCAUUAUCCCCUGUGUACUUAUCACAUCACUGGCCAUCCUGGUGUUUUACCUACCAUCAGACUGUGGGGAGAAGAUGACCCUUUGUAUCUCUGUUCUUCUGGCCCUCACUGUCUUCCUUUUACUGAUCUCCAAAAUUGUCCCGCCUACUUCCUUGGAUGUCCCAUUAAUCGGGAAGUAUCUCAUGUUCACCAUGGUCUUGGUGACAUUCUCCAUCAUCACAAGUGUGUGUGUACUCAACGUCCACCACCGCUCCCCGAGCACACACUCCAUGCCCAACUGGGUGAAGCUGGUCUUCCUGGACAAACUCCCCACGUUACUCUUCAUGCGGAGGCCUCACAGAAGCUCAGCCCGACAGAGGCUGCGGCAGCAGAGACGUCUCCAGGAUCGCAGGUCCCUGCUCGGCCUGGGUUAUGGAACUUCACGCAAGUCUACCAUCUCCUCUUCUGCCUCCGCCUUACUCGCUGCAUCCUCAGCUUCCGCUCUCUCCUCACCAGGACACUUUUAUGGAAAGGGCGCACCGUUAGGAUUCAGCCGUGGCUCCAGGAAGGGGGACCUGCGGUCCACAGAGUUUCUGCCCAAUGGUCACACCUCAACUCAGGACCUGAGGGCAGGGAGGGUAGGCUUGGACUGGGGGGCUGACGUUCAAGAGGCAGUGGAUGGGGUUCGCUAUGUGGCUGACCACAUGAUGGGAAAUGAUGAUGAUCAGAGUGUGAUCGAGGACUGGAAAUAUGUCGCCAUGGUCGUAGAUCGGCUGUUUCUGUGGAUCUUUGUGAUUGUGUGCGUGGUGGGCACACUUGGGCUCUUCCUCCAGCCGCUUUUUCAGAACCAGAUCGUUCCUGUCCAGCACUCCAGUGCUGAGUCUUCCAGGCGGGAUGGAAUAUAAAGAAUGUAGGAGUCUGAAACAAAACCAAAAACUGUACUGUGAUACUGUGAGAAGGUCUUUUCAUAUAAACCACACUCUUAGUAAUACAGGUUCCUGAUUGGUUCUUGGCUUGGACAUAUGAUUCGAAUGAGAGAGAACAUAAGCUUUUAAUUGGUGAGGAACCUUUACAUGAUGUUCUCACAGGCUCCUCACAGUUGUGCAGUACUGUGCUAAAGUCAGACAUCACAGCCAACCAAAAUGCCUAUUAAAUACAAGUUAUGAAUUUUUCAGCUUCAGAAAAAAACAACAGAAAAAUACAUUUAAAAGAACAACAAUUAAACACAACAUUUUUUCAUAAUUUCAUGUGUCAACACUUUGACUUCAUUGCAGUGCCCAUUCUUUUAAGGGAAUUUGUUUUCAGUUGUUUUUCACACCACCAAAGUUCAGUCUUGGCUGCAUUUUCAGUUGUUCAGUUUCAGUGAUGUUAUGGUCUGGACUCUGGGGUGGUCAGUCAGUUGUUCUGAGAAAACCAGUGGCUUUUUUGCAAAUUUUCCUUGUCCUCUGUUUCGUUUUCUCAGUAGGGGCUUCUUGACAGCUAGACUUUCAGCAGCUAACCAGUGUGAGCUGUCUUCUCACUGUGGAUGAAUGGACUUAAACAGAAUAAGAAACAGAUCUGAAGCAAGAGUGGAGCUUGAUUUCUCCUCUCUCUCAAGGAUAAAAGCUUUAAGUACUGUUUAUCUGAUGGGGGUCUACCAGGUCUUGGUUAGUAAGAGUCACAUAUUGUCUAUAUAUUUGAACUCUAAUUUUGGAAACUCCUGUUUUUCAAGUAUUUUCCUUUGGCAUUCCCCUAAUUUAUCCAAGUGGAACAUUUUAUCUCUUGUGAAUAUUAUAGUAACUUGUACUUGAUGGGAUAUUAAAUAAAUCAGGCCUCUGACUUUUGCACUGCAUUUAUGCAUCUAAUUUACAACACAUGUUCUGUAAACAACCACCCAGUGCAUUCAGUUCUUUCAGGAACCCAAAGUUGUUCUUUCAUGGCAUUGCUCCAAGGAACCUUCUUUGGAAAACUAAAUUUAUUAAGAAUGCAUCUCACCCAUUGAGUUCGGAUCAUUAAUGAGCCAGAUUGCGUCAACCAUCCACAUAAUGUUACCUGAAAUGGGCAGCCACUGGUGCUUCAGUUAUAGUAUUAAAUCAGGGUAAUCCAUGCUGAAACAAGGCCACUGCUCAUCUGCAAAUAUUAUUUCAGCCCUACAAACCAGUGAAUAAUCCUGGAUGAAUCACAGCCUUGGUCUUUAAAGUUUGACAGUUGCUCUCUUCACUGGCAAAUAAAUUUGUCAGCUGUAUGGAGCCUAAACAGCAUUACACCCUGCAACUGCUCCCUUCUCAUGUGGCAAAAAUAAUAUCUAAUAAAUUGAAAGUUGCAUUGACUUGCAGUGUUUACCUCUGAUUAACUACGUACCCCUGGUUGCCAUGAAUUUUGUUUUGACAUGUCAUAUUAAUUUCAUUUGCUAGGAGAGUAUAGGUCACAUACUUAGCCCUCGUAAAUCAUGUUAAUGUGUCCUUUAAAAUGUCAUGCAAGUUGCUUGUAUAAUAAAAGCAUA